AUGGUACGUCGAAAAAAUAGGCCGAGAUCAAACAUUACGCGUUUGCGAGUCGAUUCUUCUACAACCAGUGAAGAGUCUGCACGACCGAAAAUACGUCAAAAUAUACUACGACGCAGGAGACCCGCAUUAAGGAAUAUUAUAUAUCUUCAAAACACAACGCAUCUUCUUAUACCAAAAGCACCGUUCAUUCGUUUAGUUAGACAAAUUUUUAUAGAAUUAUAUUCCACAAUUUACAGAAUACAAUUGAUCGCAUUAGAAGCAUUACAAGAAGCAUUAGAAAUGUAUAUGAUACAAUUUUUUGAAGAUUCAUUGUUACUAACUAGUCAUGCAAAACGUGUAACACUUCAAAAGGAUGACAUGUUAUUAAACCGACGAUUAAGAGGUCGAUCCGACAUUAUCAACAAAUGAAAUAAAGUACAACUCGUUAUCGCCUAUAAA